AUUCUAUCGCUGUCUUUUGAUAUAAGAUGAUUUGUACAAUUCUACUACUCUGUCUUCUUAAGCUUGCAUAUCAAACCCAAUGGACGGAAGAGACUUUCUUUCAGGAUGAGUGUUAUCAUGUCUCUAGAAGUCCCAGUAAUCAAAUCGGUCCGAAAACUGUAACCGAAACCAUCUGUAAGGAUAAUGGCGGCUGUUUCUUUAUAAACGACGGAUGUUAUGGUUCCAAGUAUGAAUUAGCAGGAUUCAGGAGGACAAAAUUGCAUGUAGCAUGUUCUGGCAGUAAUAUUGAGGAAAUUGAUGCAAUUGAUAUAAAUUUUUGCGCCCAAAAAUGUCUCUCGACCGAAAGAUGCAAUGGUUUCGUUUUUACUUUUAGCGAAGAAGAUAACUGCUUCUUAAAAGUGGAUUGUCAAUCUUUAGAAGAAGAAGAUGGUUCAAUAUCUUAUUUAAGAAAUGGAUACAGAGAUCUAACUUGCUACAGAGACAAAUGCCAUGAUGAUAUAGACGACCAACUACCCUUGGAUGAUUUUCAACAUUGCACAGAUGAACUAGAUAAUUACGUUGCUGUGGGAUUGUCAAAUGAACAUUGUGACCAAUACAAUGAUUGCUCACUUUUACCUAAGACAACCAGAAUCGAUUAUGCAUCAUGCUUCAAGGAGUAUCUUUUUGAGUAUCACGUCGAUGAUCGUUUAAAAGAUCCAAAUGUAAUUUUAAUGGAUGGAAAAGUUGAUACUUGUAUUGUUUUAAAUAAACGAGGUUAUUACGCAAGGCAUCCUUGGCCAACGGCGGGAGGAGAAGAGAAAAAAGCUAAUGUAAAAAUCUACGGAGAAAAUUUAAGCUGUUCAGAGAUAUCGAAUGAAUUAGAUGGUCAAAUUUAUGUUAUUUACCCGGCCAUCAAUCAAAUUGAACCAUCAAUUAAUGGUCUAUUUAAAGGUUGUGACCUAAAUUUUGGCAAUAGUACAUAUUGUGCAUAUAUAUGUAACUGUGAUAACAAGCAUUGUCAAGCUAUACAAGUUAAUUUAAUUAACUAUAGUCAAGAUAUGACAGUGUGCGACAUAAAAAUUGAAACACACGUUUAAUUUUGUAAUAUUUAUAUUUGUUUGAAUAAAAAGUCAUUGAAGGGA